AUGUCCUUCUUCGGCUUGACCUCACUCGGAGGUGGCGGCGUCAGCCCCUUUCACGACGGCAGCGCCUUCAACAAAUUCUACAGCUUCCACGACAUACCCGACGACCUGUACCUCGAAACGUUCAAGGAACAUGCGCUGGGGGACUGCCUGCUAGCGAACCAGCUCCAGGUGGACGGAAGCCAGACUAUUCUGAGGUCGCAUUUGGGGCACGUGCUGAAAAGGGCGCUAGGACGCCACCCCUCAAAGAUGGAGCUGGACACGUGGCUCACGUUCUUGGACUUCGAGACGCGCAGCACCAUGGGAUUGGACGAAUUCAAGGUGGGCUUGCGGGCACUGAAGGACUUUUCAGCCCAGCCCGACUCCCCCGCAAAGUACAGGUCCUUCGACACGCAGCGCCUGGACUGGGUGAAGCACAGGCGGGUGGAAUACGACCCCCAGAAGACGUUGAAGGGGCCAAUCACAACUUCGCAGGAGAUCGGUUGGCACAGUCUGAAGGACCCGGCGUCUGGUCGAGAGGAUUACUUCCCACGCCGCGGGACCGAUGUGACGUUCAACGAGGGGCGAGGACUUGCGGACUACUACGGCCACAUCGUCAUGAUGUGA